AUGCCUAUAAACGAGAGUUCUACUAUACAUUGUAAGCAUACCCAUCACUUCAUACCUAGCCCUAGUAUCAACGGAAGUCAUGAUAUUCGUAUCAAAGCUCCAUCUUCCAAACGAAAGAGAACCACAACCUAUGGCUACUCCUAUAGGGAAUUCUACUCGAACAAAUCUUCCAAGGACAAAAGAAUGAAACCAGAAAUUGCACAACCUACUAGCAAUAGCAAAAAGCACGCAAAAGAACGUUAUUUUAAGAAGACUCUUCGUUGUAACUACUGCAAGAAAGCUGGACAUGUACCAGAGGAAUGUAGAAGAAAAAGGGAAAAUAACGUAUGUUACAAAUGUGGAGAUCCAGGCCAUUUCCGUCACUAUUGUCCAAAACUAUCUAAGGCACCCAAUAACGAGGAUCGAAACCCCGAUGAAGCUAAGAAGAACGCAUAA